AUGUUGGCGAACAACAAGAGCAAGUUCAAGCCGGGACCCAAGCCGAAAGGGAAACGCCCUCCUCCUGCCUCGGGGCCUUCCUCCUCGAAUACACCAGCUUCUACUCCAGCUGCCUCUCAGCAAGAGGACGCAAACCCGACCCCGCCCCCACCCAGCGCCCCUACUGAGGCCGCUCCUCCGGCCGUCGACAAUGCCCCUCCUCAAGAUGUCGAGACACCUUCAGCUCAGGGCCAGACACAGCACUCUGAAGUGAGAGAGCCGUCACCAAUUAGCACCACGACUUCUGCUGCAGGAGUAUCAAGUAUCCAGAGCCAGGAUGAUGCUACACCCUCUCAGGCCGAGACCCCGGCGUCAACUGCUCCAUUGCCCACGCCGGUAUCGCCCAGGCAUGCCCGUCCAACCGCACCUAAACCCGUGAGAGCGUCGAAAUCGGCCGCUGUGUCAGUUCCUCCUCCAGCAGCUCCUGCCCCGGCGCUCACCCCUGCGCCUACGCCUUCGGUGCCCGAGCAAGCUUCAUCAGCUACCUCCUCCUCAGGAGCAUCGACUAUCUCUGAAGCUCCACCCCCCGAAGAAGCUAUACCUAGCACAGAAGAUGUUGUCGCCUCCGUUGAGCCUGUAGCUGAGCAGCCCGCCGAACCCACGUCUGGUCCCUCUCAACCACCCGAACCGAGCACCUCUGGACCAUCCCAAGCCCCAAAGCCGAAGCCCAAACCCAAGCCCCGGGUCCCCCGGAAACGCAAAGCCGACACAGCCAUCGAAGAACCCGCUGCAGAAACAGCUGAGAAUGAGGAGGCCGGCGAAGCAAACACAAGCACCCCCGCCCCAAGAAAGCGAGCCCGCAGACGAGCCGCCCCCCUCCCAGGCGAGGAAGGCUACGAAGCAUACCAAGCCGCCAAAACAGCCAAAAAACACCAUCAAAAACACACCAAGGCCGCAGUCGCCGCCGAAGACGGGGAGACCCCCGAAGGAGAAGAAACCCAAUCCCGAGCCAACUCCCGCGCCCCACGUGCUCAGCGUGAGGUAACACCCGAAAACGCCGAAGAGCAAGUUGUAGACGAAGACGAGUUCAAAAUGGCCGACCUAGCCAAGGACCUCCGGAUCGGCAAGAAGUUUUCUCUUCAUGAUACCCUUUUGGAGAGGGAACGGGUGAAGAAACUGAAGGCGAAUGAGAAGAGGAAGAAGGGGAGGGGUAAUGGUACCGAGGAGGGUGGGGAAAACAACGACAAUGAUGGGCAACCUCAAACUUUGAACGCCGACACCCCCUUGCCGGGGGGUAAUGAUGAUGAUGAAGGGGGGCUUGCCCGCCCGGUGGCAGUGACAGCCCUGGUAGGAGAACAAUACCAGAUCAUUGACGGAGAAAUCGUGCUCAACCAGUCAUCUCUCCAAAUUGAUCGGCAUGCCAGAGCGAGAGAAGCGGAGGGGAAUCUGGAAGAGGUGGAAGUCAAUGAUUUCACCAAUCACACCACCCAGCAGACUUAUCUCCGUCGCGCCCUGAAACCAGGUCAAUGGUCCGACGCCGACACUGACCAGUUUUACUGGGCGCUUUCGAGAUUCGGGACGGACUUUGAGCUGAUUUCGAAAAUGUUUCCUGGCAAGACGAGGAAGCACAUCAAGCUGAAAUUUAAUCGGGAGGAGAGGCAAAAUCCGGCGAGGGUGAAGAGCGCGUUGGUCGGGGAGGUGAAGCAGCCGAUGAGGAUUGAGGAGGUGAAGGAGAAGACGAAGCAGGAGUUUGAGACGACGGACGACAUCGAGAAGGAGCUGGAGGAGCAGAGGAAAGAGUUUGAGGAGAGGGAGGAGGCGGUGGAAAGGGAGAAGAGGGAGGAAGAAAAGAGGAAGGAGGAGAAGAUGCUCAAGGAGCUGGAGGAAGCAAAGAAGAAGAGUGGGCGGAGGGGGAAGAAAAAGGUUGAGCAGGGGGUUUGGUGA